AUGUUGAGUAUUUUUUUACUUAUUUUUUUCUAUGGUUUAUUUACGUUGUUGAUUUUGAUUCUAUCUUUUUUUCUUUCUUUCUUGCUUUUUUUUUUUUUUUUUUUCUGUUACAGCAUUGUAGGAUUGGUAAUGAAAAUGGCAGAGACUUUUGUUUUUGCUGAUCAGACUAACCGUCUUAUUGUAACACGAAAGCCUUUACCUGCUUUGGUUUCUCAGCCACCCGUUGGGAAAAAUGGAAUUGUUAGUGCUGUUCCAAAGGGAGUUGACGGAAACCAGCAUUGCCGCCACAAUGAAUUAACUAUGGGUCCGGCAUAUGUGCCUGAAUACAGCGCGGAAAUUGGUGAUUACCUUCUAGUUGCGGAAAGGAGUCAUUAUCGUGACCCGAGUUAUAUGGUGAAUCAACCUGAGGUAACUGAAAGAAUGAGGAUGAUUCUUGUGGAUUGGCUUGUUGAUGUGGCUAUAAAAUUUAAACUUCAUCCUGAGUCUUUUUAUCUGGCUAUCGACAUUGUAGAUCGAUAUUUGUGCGCCAAAAAAGUAAGUCGGGCAAAACUUCAGUUGGUUGGCAUUUCUGCCGUUCUCCUCUCUGCAAAACACGAAGAGAUAUGGCCACCUGGAAUAAAAGAUUGCGUAUUUAUUUGUGCAAAUACUUAUUCUGCAGAGGAGGUUUUUCAGAUGGAAAGGGAUAUUGCACUUACAUUGCGAUUUCGAUUUACUGUCCCCACGACUUAUCCUUUAGCUUGUCACUUUCUGGAUUCUGGAGAUACUGAAGCAAUGGUACGUGAUGCAACUUUUUUCUUUUUGGAGUCUGCUUCUCACAACUAUGAGAUGCUACAAUAUUUGCCUUCUCGUAUUGCGGCUGCUUCGGUUUUACUUGGUCGUUUACUUGUGGCAUGGAAUCGUUCUUUGGAUCGCUCAAAUAUUUCACAAGAAAAACUAUGGGAUCGAGAAAUGAUUCAUGUUAGUCGAGGAAUAACAUUGGAUGAAAUUUUUUCUCUAUCAGAAAAGCUUUUGAGUUUUACAAAAACCUUAUCUUCUUCUUCUUCAAAAUUACAAGCCAUUCGUCGAAAGUAUGUUUCGCAAAAAUUUGCCAGUGUGGCUUCAUUAGAGAUGCCUUCACUUUCAGCGGUUUUUGUUUCUUAG